CUCCAUCUGCCGUGUGUAAGGCUCCAAAAAGCAAAAAAAAAAAAAAAAAAAAAUCCAUUUUAACUUCUUUUUCAAUCCUCAUCUGUUUCAGUAUUUAUCAUAAGCAAAGUUUGUCAUUUUCACCACUCCCUAUGCCUUGAAAAACUCUCUCCCCAAGGUUUCCAAGGACUUCAUGUUUUCCUGGUUUUCCUCCCUACCCCUCUGAUGCUUCCUGAUGCUCUAAGCCAGAUCGGGCUCCUUCUGGAUCCGGCACUUUCCCCUCUCCACCUUCUCUCCUUGGGUUGAUCAUAUCCAUUCCUAUAGGUUUCACUUAGCUUCCAGACUGGGUUUCUGGCUUGGGUACAGGAAUUGAAUUCAGGUAAUUCAUUAAUUUGAAUGGAUAAAAACAGAUUUUUACUUUCACCAAUCUCUAAUGAAAAUUUAGUAUUUCUCCCAAUUAUGAAUGUAAGCAACAAACCACAGUAUAACCAGUGUCUGUGACUGUCAUUAUUAGAAAGCAUGUCUAUUUUCAUAUAUUACAGUUGUUACAGACAUCACAAAAUGCUGUUUAUGCUUAUCAUCAUUUCAGUUUAUAGUAGUUAUUAGAUCCACUGCUAGAUCUCUUUAAUGAGUCAAUAAUUACAUAUAUUACUACAGCACAAUUUUUAUAUUUGAUCACUUUUCAGCAUAAUCCAUUUCACUUUGUACAUUUAAAAAUAUUAUUCUGAGAUGGGGUCCACGGGCUUCCCCAGACUGCCAAUGGCACAAAAAGCAUUAAGAAGCUCUGUUCUGGAUGCUGAUAGCUUCCAGCCUAAAUCCUCUUCUGAACUCUAACCGGUUUCUCAGUGUGGGUACUUGAAUAUCUCAUGAGAACUUCAAGCUCAACAUGGCCCAUUCUGAACUCACCUUUCACUACUCCCAUUCUCCUUAAAGUGGCAGCUUUUCCUGUGUCCUCGGUCUCAAAGAACAAGACCAAUGCCUACUCUGUUGUCCAAGCCAGAAUUCUGAGCUGUCCUUGACUCUUUCCUUUCCUUCACUCUAAUGAUCAAUCACGAACUAAAUCAUUUCUAUUCAACUGCUUUAAUAUUUCUUUUUUUGGCUGCACCCGUGGCAGGUGGAAGUUGCCAGGCCAGGGGUCAAACCCCUGCCACAGCAGUGACAAUGCCACACCCUUAACCCACUGCACCACAAAGGAACACCUGCUUUAUUAUUUCCAAAAGUUCACCCAUUUAUGUCCAACCUCAAUACCUCAAUUUCAGUAACCAUCUCUCUCUUCUCCCUGAGUGAUCUCUCCAAGAGCAGGCCAAGCUCCCUUCUAAUCCAUUUUUUUCCAGUCAUUGUUAGAAUGAUCUUUCUCUCCCCAAACACUGUGCUUACUCUUAAUACAACCCACUUCACACUAUCCUGUAGUUACCUGAAUUCUCUACUUGAAUAUAAGCUCCAGGAAUGUAGGGAUUUGUAUCUUGGUUGUUUUAGGACCUGCAGCAUGGUGUCUGGUAUAAAGGAAUACUCUGUUGAAAAAAUGAAUGAUUGGACUAAGCAUCAGCCUGAGGGUUAGCAGCAGCUCAAUAAAAAGGUUGGGGGACUAUUCAAAAUCUUAAUUUUAUUAAGAAAAACUCCUACAGACUUAUACCCCAGGAUAAUUUAAAUCCCAUAAUACUGAAGAACUACUAUGAGGUUGCAAGGUGCCUCCUUGACAUUUAAUAAGGAAAAAUCCUUCUUCAAUAUCUAGAGUUAUCCCAUUUUCCCUAUCUUCCCUAAAUACUUCCCUCAGCACUUAAUAAUGUCCCAACUUCCUUGAUUUGAAUUUGAUAGUGUAUUUGAUGUAAAGGAGAAAUAAAUGAUAAUAUUUGUCCAUAGAAACUCCUGCCUCCCCAUGGUGAGACUAUGCUGUCAGAAUAUGACACAAAAUGAUGAUGUCAUAAAGCCCUAGAACAGGCUGAACCCUAUCAAAUACAGUAGUUUUCUUGGGAGGAGAAACAUUUGAACAAGGCCCUGGACAUGAAUCUUUUUAUUUAUGUCCUACUUUUAUCCGUUUGGACAAAUAGUUGUUUAGAUACAAACCAAAGUGAUGAAACUUCUACUGCAGGAGCUAAGCACCGUGAAUCAAUGGAGACCAAAAUGGACACUUUUAGGAAACAUCUGCUCAUUAUCGUAAUUGGUAUUAUGACCAUAGCUUUUGUUUUUACCUGUCUUUGCCUUCUCCAUUAUAACUGCCUGAGCGAUGAUGUCCCCAAAGCAGGAACGGUGAAGAAAGAAGAUAUAAAAGCCAAGUCAUCCAGAUCAUCCAAAAUAUCAUUCAGUGACUCCAAGACAGCUAGUCUGUGUGAUCCAGAAAAACAAUCCAUGCCAUCCAGUAUAGACAAGUUACCUGGCCUCUCAAGCCCAGAAAAGGCAUCCAUACCAUCCAGUGCAGAAAAGUUAACCAAGCCCUCGAGUCAAGAAAAGUCAUGCACGCCAGAAAGUCCCAAAAAAGUAUUCAGAUCAUCCUGCCAGGGAAAGUCACAUAGAACAUGCAGUCCAGACAAGGCACGUAAGCGAGCUCAUGCCCAUAAGGAAGUCGGUCAGGUUAGUUCAUCCUAUCCCAGUAAAGCAGUCAGACCACCUUGGCAGCCCAGUCCACAACAUCCAGUCAGCCCAACCAAUUCUCCUUGUCCACCCUAUCCACAAAAUCAAACCUUGUCCAACCCAUCCAGUUUGUCAAAACUGACCAAAUCCCACAGAUAUCAUAAACUGAAAAGGUCAGUUAAUACAGGGAGAGCGGAAAGGUUAUCUAGGCCUCAAUCAGUCAAGUCUUGUCGGUGCUGCAAGGAAAAAUGCCUUAUUUACAGAGCUGCUUCUGGGCCUUUGGUCAAUAAUAUUUCAGAGGCAAAGAAGAAGAAUGCUCAAAGCCCACCUUUUCCACAUAAAUUGAAGCCUUUUCCCAAGCCCUUUCAUAAGAUAGAUUCCAGGGACAAUGUGUCUUGUGGCAACGCAAGUGACCAUGACAUGCUGACACAUGACAGUGAUGGUGACAGUGACAGGGAAAUAACCAUUAUUUGCAACAUGAAACGCAAGGAAUUCAUCUAUUAA